AUGGACCAACGCGACUUAACAGCAUCGGGCAAUCCCAACGACGACCUCGACGCCGACGAGUAUUGGGCAGAGAACGAUGCUGCCGAUCCUGGGCGGCAAGCCGACGCCCCACUUGACCACGAAGUUGCAGCACGUCACACAGGCAAGGGCAAGGGAAAAUCCAAAGUCGUCCCACGUAAGUUCCCAACGCCGGAAAAGCGCCUGCUCCCUCGAAAGGACUUCUCGUCCAUGUGUAUGGUUGCGCAGAAUGAAACGACUCAGCUGAAACGUGAGAAGUUCGAAUACAUGAAAGAAAACAACAAGAGCAUUCAAGCUGCAGCCGCCGUCAUCGAUUUGCAACGAAGUGCCGACAAGCUUGACCAGCGCCCUUUCAAGAUCCCGUUGCCGUGUUCGCAGACCUAUACUCGCAUGACCGGUGUUGAAAGCGUCGUCGCCGCUGGCGCUUGA